AAAAAAGAAAUGCAUCGGAACUUCUUUUGACUUUCCUUAGAUAACUAUGGCACUUUGCAAAGGAAAACUUUUAUUUCAAUAUUUUUUUAAUAACCACAUUAAUCAUGCAAGAUUUCUUUCAUUUACACAAUCAAAUCUCUCCAGAUAUGCCAAAGAUUAUAUAGAUCCUAUUGUAGAAAAAGAAGAGUUGUCUAAACCAUUAGAUGAAUUUGACACCAGACGGCAUCGGCCAGUUAAGGCUGCGAGAACUGAAGAAACAAUUACGGGUGACCAGGCUGUACAGAAAUUCAUAAAUAUAAUUAUGAGAGAUGGGAAGAAAGAUGUGGCAAGAAGUGUAAUAGAUCAGACUUUUGCCAAUAUUAAGAGAAAACAAAUCGAAAGAUACCACAGAGCUCCAACACCAGAAGAGAAGGAGAAAAUAGAACUUGACCCUGUUAAAAUAUUUCAUCAAGCAUAUGAAAAUUGUAAACCUGUUUUGUAUACAAGAACAAAAGUACAUGGAGGUUUUAAAUAUAAGGUACCUUGUCCAUGUGAAGGCAAUACACAAUCUUUUAAGUCUAUGAAGUUUUUAAUUACUGCUGCUGAAGAGAAAGACAAGAAGAUAAGAAUGUGGAAAAGGUUAUCCCUGGAAAUAAUGGACGCUUCCAGAAAUGAGGGUGUUGCAAUCAGGAAGAAACAGAAUCUACACCGAGAGUGUCAAGCUAACAGAGCAUAUUCUCAUUUUAGAUGGAGCAAGUGAAAACUGUCAAUAGACUUCUAUUUAUGUUAGUAUGUUUCCCAUGUUAGAGUGCUUUUGGGUUAAAUAAAACC